AUGACAAAAAAGUCAAAAAUCUACGCGAUUGGUUAUAAUGCUUUUAGACAAACUCACCCUGAAAGUCAGGAUGCAAUCAUCAGUUUACCAAUCGAUAUAACGGAGUUCGCAGACAAGAUAAUUUGGGCCAAUAUGAACGUAACUUUGGGCGAAAAGCAAAGAAUAAAAAAAUGUUUUGGUAAUGACAAUGGCAUCCGAGGUUUUCUUGACAUUGAUGGAAAUAUACACUUCGAAAGGGAACAUUCGGGAAUGUAUGAAAUUAGUCAUUUUCACACAAAAAUUGUUGAUGUCUCGCAAUUUUGGACCGGUAAUGCUAUAAUUGUGGUAACAGUGGAUGGAAAACUGUACAAUUGGAAUAUUGAACAGGCCUCUUCGGAAAAGAUUACACUAGUUGAUGAUACGAUCGACCAAUUUUUCACAACAGUAGUAUGUGGAGAAAAUCAUUGUUUGGCAUUGACUCAAACAGGACAAGUAUUUAGUUGGGGAUCUGGAAGGUGUGUAAUAUUUAUUGCUUCAACUCAAAGAUAA